AUCUGUUGUGCCGACUGUAGUUUCAAUUUCUGGCCAAAGGUCGCCGCGCAUUAGAUGCCACAUAAAGCGUGUUUUGUUUUGUCUUGCUGGGGUUGGAAUUAACAGCCAAACGUCAUUUAGCAAAUCAAUACUAUACAUUUGUGUGGCGAGACAGCGAUACACCUCGUUAACGGUGGACUCGUUAAGCUGAGCUAAUUAGCUAGCAAUAGUUUGCUUCCUCGGCGGUUCACAGGAUGUCGUACAGGAAAACUUUAAAACUUAUUUGUGGGUUCGCCGGAGGCUCUGCUGUACUGGUGUUCGCCGCUGCCGCUGCCGACUCCCGCGGAUACUUCGGAGAGCAGCGCGGAGAGGCGGCCAGUCGGUGGCCGAAAUUCACCGUUCUUCGAGCUGCGCAGCCGGCGUGGACACCUGCCAAACACACACCAGCCCCGACAGGACACGCCUGGGACUUCAACUGGGACAAGAGGGACCCAUCUGUACUGUCCAACGGGAAGAAGAAAGAGAGUGCAACUGAGGAUCCCAGCUCCGAGCAGGACAAUGGAAAACCCAAAGCUACACGCAACAUUCUCCUCAUCAGACACUCUCAGUACAACCUGAGUGGGAACAGCGACAAGGAGAGGAUCCUCACUCCAUUAGGUCGUGAGCAGGCAGAGUUGACAGGCCAGAGGUUGGCAGCACUGGGACUGAAGUACGAUGUCCUGAUUCACUCCAGCAUGGCCAGGGCCACAGAGACUGCACAUAUCAUCAGCAAACACCUUCCAGGUCCAGGAGUGGAUCUGGUGAGCUGUGAUUUGCUGAGAGAGGGCGCGCCCAUCGAGCCGGUUCCACCUGUCACUCACUGGAAGCCUGAUGCUGUGCAGUACCAUGAAGAUGGAGCUCGCAUUGAGGCAGCCUUCCGCCGCUACAUCCACCGGGCUGACCCCAAGCAGAAGGAGGACAGCUAUGAGAUCAUCGUGUGUCAUGCCAAUGUCAUCCGUUAUUUUGUCUGCAGGGCGCUGCAGUUUCCCCCAGAGGGCUGGUUACGUAUGGGGUUGAACAACGGCAGCAUCACGUGGCUUACCAUCCGACCUAGUGGCAGGGUGGCCCUCAGAACUCUGGGAGACGCAGGAUUCAUGCCCCCAGACAAACUAACACGGACCUAAGUAAGAUUGCGAGUUCACGGGACUCAGUCGGCUGCAGGGUCAAAGCUCAGUUUUCUCCUUAAGUGUCUUGAAAAUUACUUUUGAUGUUAUUAUUUUGUAACUGAACUACCAUCAUGUAAUGAGAGACUCUGGUGGUGGUGGUGGUGUUGUGAUUACUUCCGUGCCAUUGAACGCCCGCUGAAGUGAUUAACAGCUGCAUAGCAACUCCUCCUGAAUGUAACUGAGGAUUUUUACACAAGUGACUGACUUUUAAACCAAAAGAAAUUGUAUUUGUAUAGCUGUUGUAAAUGCAAGUCAUGCUGUUAGCUGUACAUGUCUUUACAGUAUGCUGACGUGCGGAUUAUGUGUUGUACAGUGCAGCUGAAGUUAAUAAAAUCAUGAAUGCCGCA